CGUCACUGUCGUCGUGGCAAGCACAAACGGACUUUCAUGUCCGGCCGGAAUGCGAAUCGCAGGCCGAAUUAUUGUCAGUGCGCGAGUGAGUGAGCUCGAGCCGACCAUUCGUCGCCCGAGCCCGAGCCCGAGCCCGAGAGCCCAAGCCCGAGUCCAGUUCGAUUCUCGAGGUGCCCUUCUCGACUGAUGAUAGACGCGUCCGAGGUCCAGCAGCAGCAGCAGCAGCAACCGACGACAACGACAUCAUCAUCAGCAGCAGCAGCAGCAGCAGCAUCGGCUGCUCUGCUCUGCUCUGCACUGCCCUGAACUGCAGCCUGCUGUAGAAGUCGAGUCCAAUCCAGCAGCACUCGCAUCCCCUUGUCUCCUCUCUCUCUCUCUCGCCUACUAAUAUUACGGCUGCUGCUGCGGUUUACGGCUCGGGCAGGGAGGCACGCAUGCACGCACGCACGAACGCGAGGUGCGAGGUGCAAGAGAUAAGCGGCGAGGACCUGCUGCCGAAUUUGCAAUUCGAAUCGAGCAGGGGUCCAGUGUGGCUGGGUGGCUGGGUGAGUGAGUGGCAUCUGCGGUGGCGAUUGCGGUGGAGGUGCGAGUGAGUGAUCAAUCGAGCGAUCGAAGGAUGGCCGCGAUUGAGGAAUCGUUCAAACUCUUCAUGGAUUGGGUGCUUUACUUGAACGGCUUGCACAAGCUCGGCGAGCAGAUUCUCGUGGAGUAUGGGAAAAACCUCGAGGCAUACCGGAGGGCGAAGUCGGAGGAGGCAGAAUAUAUCGCCCGAGUGGCGGCGGCUGCGCACAGUCAACGACUGUCGGAUUUCCUCGGCCCCGGUAGUUGGCUCGAGAACACGUCCAAAGCUCUGGAUGCCAAGUUGGACUCUGCAAUCGCCAGAUUGUGCUCGUACCUGAAGGAAGCGCACGAUGUCUUGAAUUAUCUUGUUGGAAUUUCGAAGGAUGCCAUCAAAGACCAUUCUGAACAGGAGGUCACGAUGCAACUGGAGAGAUUCAACCUCUCGACUGGCAUUGAAGGCGGCUUGGCAGCUGACCAGGCGACGCGGGAUGCGAACCAAGGCCGAAUUUCGUUCGCCGAAUAUUCCUCCAUGAUGGCCCUCAUCUACAAAAUGCUCGAAGAGGACUAUCAUAUGCAGAAGCAGAUCGUCGACGCUUUGGGGCUGGACACGACGAGCGAAGCUCUCACGGAAUAUUGCACGAUGUGGCUGCAACAGCCCUGCAUAAAGUCGCUCGUCAUCGAACGAGCACUGAGCUGGACCAAGGUCCUCGGCGAGUCGAUGAGCUGAAAAUUGAGCACGCAGCGCUCACUCAUGCGCUGGAGUUUUACAGGCAGCGCUGCUCACUGGAGGUAGUUGUUUACCAUCAGGACCGAAUGAUGGUGAGGAAUUUUGGAGGCUUACUUCUUCCUGGUUUCAGUAGCCAUGAAGCCCUUGUAAAGAGGAGUAGGAAGGCCACACAUGAAGCAUAAACGUGACAAAUAUGAGAGUAUCAGCGGGGCAUCAUUUCUCAAGCAGGAAGAUCUCCACUGGGCAGUGCAGAUCUUCCCCGUGGUGUCGCCUAGUAGUGUAGCUUCCGGUCAGAUGCAAAGGGCGUAGACUGUGCACGGGCUGCUGUGAUCGAACAGCUCAGCAACUCCUGUUCGGACAUGUUGUCGUGCCAAGAGUCAUGCCAGAAAAAUGAAAACAAUCUGUCACACCAAAUUUUGUAAUACAAAGGCGUUGAGCUUUUUCUAUCC